UAACGGGCCCGAGAUCUUUUCAAAAAGGCUUCUCUAGAGGCUUCCAGAAUCACUCCUGAAAACUGGAAACCCAGACUCUCUCCAGGAUGUACCUGAGUACUACAAACCACCGCAUUCCUCUGAGUGAUGGAAACAGCAUUCCUAUCAUCGGUCUUGGGACCUACUCAGAACCUAAACUGACCCCUAAGGGGACCUGUGCGAAGUCAGUGAAGAUCGCCAUUGAUUCAGGGUACCGGCACAUUGACGGGGCCUACGUCUACCAGAAUGAGCAUGAAGUGGGGGAGGCCAUCAGGGAGAAGAUAGCAGAAGGAAAGGUGCUGAGGGAGGAUAUUUUCUACUGUGGAAAGCUGUGGGCUACAAGGCAUGAGCCAGAGAUGGUCCGUCCAACCCUGGAGAAGACACUUAAUAUCCUUCAGCUAGAUUAUGUGGAUCUUUACAUCAUUGAAAUACCCAUGGCUUUCAAGCCUGGAGAUGAAAUGUAUCCUAAAGAUGAGAAUGGCAAAUGGUUAUAUCACAAGUCAAAUCUGUGUGCCACUUGGGAGGCUUUAGAAGCUUGCAAAGAUGCUGGCUUGGUGAAAUCUCUUGGAGUAUCCAAUUUUAACCGCAGGCAGCUAGAGCUCAUCUUGAACAAACCAGGACUCAAAUAUAAGCCAGUCAGCAACCAGGUUGAGUGCCAUCCAUAUUUCACCCAGCCAAAACUCUUGAAAUUUUGCCAACAACAUGACAUCGUCAUUAUUGCAUACAGCCCUCUGGGGACCUCUAGGAAUCCAAACUGGGUGAAUCUAUCUUGCCCACCUUUGCUAAAGGAUGAACUUCUAAACGCACUGGGGAAAAAGUACAAGAAGACAGCAGCUCAAGUUGUUUUGCGUUUCAACAUCCAGAGAGGAGUGGUUGUUAUUCCUAAAAGCUUUAACCCUGAAAGGAUCAAAGAAAACUUUCAAAUCUUUGACUUCUCUCUCACUGAAGAAGAAAUGAAGGACAUUGAGGGCUUGAAUAAAAAUGUCCGCUUUGUGGAGAUGUUCAUGUGGUGUGAUCAUCCCGAAUACCCAUUUCAUGAUGAAUACUGACUUCAUAAUGCUCCGGAACUGAUUUUUCCCUCCCAUGCAUGCCAGAACCUUGGGCUGGGUGGUUCCCCCAGAGGAAGAAAUUUUAAA